AUGGGGGAACUAUUCAGGAGUGAGGAGAUGACCCUGGCCCAGCUGUUUCUCCAAUCGGAGGCAGCUUACUGCUGUGUCAGUGAACUGGGAGAACUUGGCAUGGUCCAGUUUAGAGAUCUUAAUCCAGACGUGAACGUGUUCCAGCGCAAGUUUGUGAAUGAAGUGAGGAGAUGCGAGGAGAUGGACAGAAAAUUGAGGUUUGUGGAGAAAGAGAUCAAGAAAGCCAAUAUCCCAACUGUUGACACCGGAGAAAAUCCAGAGGUUCCCUUUCCAAGGGAUAUGAUUGAUCUAGAGGCUACAUUUGAGAAGUUGGAAAAUGAAUUGAAGGAGAUCAACACCAACCAGGAAGCCUUGAAGAAGAACUUCCUGGAGCUGACGGAGCUCAAGCAUAUUCUUCGUCGAACACAGCAGUUCUUUGACGAGGUUUUGACCGAACUUUUUAUAAAGCUACACAUGGAGGAUCCCAACUUGCUGGAAGAGUCAUCAGCUCUAAUGGAGGGCAACGAGGGGGGCAGAGGAGCUCCUCUCAGAUUGGGAUUUGUAGCCGGAGUAAUAAGCAGAGAGAGAAUUCCAACAUUUGAAAGAAUGCUGUGGCGCGUGUGUCGCGGUAACGUUUUCUUACGGAAGGCCGAGAUCGAGGACCCGCUGGAGGACCCCACGACGGUCAGUACACAAAUAAAUCAUAUCGGUAGUGCACAAGGUAAAUUUUUAAUGAAAUGUGUUGCUCUCCAACAGGGGGACCAAGUCCACAAGUCGGUCUUCAUUAUUUUCUUCCAAGGUGAUCAGCUGAAGAACAGGGUGAAGAAAAUCUGUGAAGGGUUCCGUGCGUCUCUCUACCCUUGUCCAGAGACACCACAAGAGAGAAAGGAGAUGUUGGCUGGCGUCAACAGCCGGAUUGAUGAUCUCCAAAUGGUGCUAAACCAAACCGAAGACCACCGUCAGCGAGUGUUGCAGGCCGCCUCCAAGACCAUGAGAGUUUGGUUCAUCAAGGUUCGAAAGAUGAAAGCCAUCUACCACACUCUCAACCUGUGCAACAUCGACGUGACCCAGAAAUGUCUGAUUGCCGAAGUCUGGUGUCCCGUCUCGGAUCUGGAUUCCAUUCAGUUCGCUCUGCGGAGAGGAACGGAACGAAGCGGCUCAACUGUGCCGUCGAUCCUCAACAGAAUGCAAACCAAGCAGACUCCGCCCACUUUUAACAAGACUAACAAGUUCACCUCCGGCUUCCAGAACAUUGUGGAUGCCUAUGGCAUUGGAAAUUACAGGGAAAUCAAUCCAGCUCAAUACACCAUCAUCACCUUCCCUUUCCUGUUUGCUGUCAUGUUCGGUGACAUGGGUCACGGCCUUCUCAUGACCUGCGCCGCUCUCUAUUUAGUCAUUCGAGAAAGUCGCCUCCUUGCCCAGAAGACUGACAACGAGAUGUUCAAUAUGGUGUUUGCCGGGCGCUACAUCAUCUUGCUGAUGGGGAUCUUCUCCGUCUACACGGGCAUCAUUUAUAAUGAUUGCUUCUCCAAAUCACUUAACAUGUUCGGCUCUGGAUGGAGCGUGAGGCCCAUGUUCGGGCCCAAAGGAGCCAACUGGUCGUUCGAGACGCUCGAAGGAAAUGCAGUGCUACAGUUGGACCCAGCAAUUCCCGGUGUAUUUAAUGGACCUUAUCCUCUCGGAAUUGACCCGAUAUGGAACGUUGCCACCAACAAGCUGACGUUCCUCAACUCCUUUAAGAUGAAAAUGUCUGUCAUCCUGGGUGUCAUUCACAUGCUGUUUGGAGUCUCUCUCAGUCUUUUUAAUCAUCUGUACUUCAAGAAGCCUCUGAACAUAUUCCUGGGCUUCAUCCCCGAGAUUGUCUUCAUGUCCAGCUUGUUUGGUUACCUGGUCCUGUUGGUCUUCUACAAAUGGACAGCUUACGAUGCAGUCACUUCAAAAGACGCUCCCAGUCUGCUCAUCCACUUUAUCAACAUGUGUCUCUUCAAUUACAGUGAUCCCACGACUAAAUCCCUCUACGCGGGACAGAUGGGGAUCCAGGUUUUGUUGGUGCUCAUUGCCCUUGCAUGUGUACCCUGUAUGCUGGUUGUGAAAACCAUGGUGCUUCGACGUCAGCACCUGUGGAAAAAGCACCUGGGCACGCAGAAGUUCGGAGGGGUGCGGGUGGGCAACGGGCCCACGGAGGACGAGGCUGGCAUCAUGGACCACGACCAGCUCUCGCAACACUCAGAGGAGGGAGAUGAGCAUGCAGAGGAAGAGCCGUUUGACUUUGGUGACGUGGCUGUCCAUCAGGCGAUCCACACCAUUGAGUACUGUCUGGGAUGCAUCUCCAACACGGCCUCUUAUCUCCGUCUCUGGGCCCUCAGUUUGGCUCAUGCACAGCUGUCAGAGGUGCUAUGGUCCAUGGUGAUGCACCUCGGUUUGUCUUCCCGGAGUGGGGGCGGCUUCUUCGGCCUCACCAUUAUCUUCGCCGCAUUCGCUACGCUCACGGUUGCCAUUCUGCUCAUCAUGGAGGGGCUGUCCGCCUUUUUGCAUGCCUUGCGUCUUCACUGGGUGGAGUUUCAAAAUAAGUUUUAUUCCGGCCAGGGAUUCAAGUUUGUCCCCUUUUCAUUCGAGAGCAUCCUGGAGGGAAGAUUUGACGAAUGA